AACAGCCUAUUCACAAGUUUUUAUUCAAAAGCUUUGAUUGACAAUAAUAAAUGAGUAUUUCUUUUUUAUUAUUUACAGCAACUCCAGAAGUUUCCACAAAGAGCAGCUCUCAAAAAAUCUCCCCUGAUGUGCAGGUGACAGGAUUUUACAGCAGUGAUCCUUGGGUGACAUCAUCAGUCCAACCGAAGCAGAGAGAAUCCAGGAAUCUGAUACCCCCACAGGUGACUGGCUGGAUCAAAGAGCAUCCAGAAAAUCCAAAACCAGACCCAGUUGUGCGACCUAAGGAGAAACACCAGUAUGAUCAACAGGUGAGGAGGUCAGUCAGGGUCAGGGAGCAGCCAUCAGCUCCACCCGUGGUCCCACCAGGGACAGACUCCCUGUUACUGACUGAGAAGCAAAAAGCUCUUUAACCUCAGCUGCUGUAAGAAAUUCAGGAUCCUUCAGAGAAAAUAAAUGAAAUGAGGAAAGAAAACAUGGAAGACAUCAGACCAACAGAGCAAAGCUGUCAGGUUAACAGGAAACAUGCUCCACCUGCUGUCCCACUGAGGAAGAAGAAUUCACCUUUAUUUAAGGCUGAAGCAAGGAAAUCUGAACCUAUGGCCAAGAAAGAAAUUCAGACAUAUUUACAAAGUGAGAAGAUGAAUAAAGAAGGAAUAGAUCACAUUAAACCACUGGAAACAAAUAGUGAGAAAUCAGCAGCAGCAGAGGAGGAUCUAGCACCAUUGCCUGGUCCCAUCACUGCUACCAUGAAGGUUAAAGAUCUGGCCCGAAUGUUUUCAGUCAUGAUGGAUGAAGAAAAAGCAGCAUGGCCAAAGGAGACAUUCAGAGAGAAACUCAAACACUCACAGGUGAAGCAUUUUGGUCAAAGGCUCUCAGCCUUCCAAACCCAGGAGCCAACAGCCCAACGAAACAUGGAGGAACAAAUAAGCAUGCAGAGUGCCACAGAUGCAUGGAGGACCCCAAAAGCUUCAGCAGCAGCAGAAGUAGUCCAACAGGAGACUCUAUCAUCAUUGUUUGGAGCUGCUAAAUCUGGAUUCAUCACUGGGAUGAAGGUGAAGGAACUGGCUCAGAUGUUUUCAGAGAAAGAAGCAGCAGCUAAGGAGAAAGACCCAGAACAUGAACUAAAUCAGGUUGAUGAAGUUCAAACUGAAGGGAUUUUACUAACCACACCUCAGACAACAGCCGUCCAACCUAUGGAGGAGCAAAAACCGACUCAGGCAUUAUCGGAUUCAACAAGUGUCAUCACCAGAUCAGAUCCUGCAGCUAAACCAGACAAGAAACACAAACCAGUACGUAAAGCUGUGCAGACCUACGGUCACUCUUCUGGUUCUAAGGUUAACAGGAAACAUGCUCCGCCUGCUGUCCCACUGAGGAAGAAGAAUUCACCUUUAUUUAAGGCUGAAGCAAAGAAAUCUGAACCUGUGGCCAAGAAAGAAAUUCAGACAUAUUUACAAAGUGAGAAGAUGAAUAAAGAAGGAAUAGAUCACGUUAAACCACUGGAAACAAAUAGUGAGAAAUCAGCAGCAGCAGAGGAGGAUCUAGCACCAUUGCCUGGUCCCAUCACUGCUACCAUGAAGGUUAAAGAUCUGGCCCGAAUGUUUUCAGUCAUGAUGGAUGAAGAACAAGCAGCAUGGCCAAAGGAGACAUUCAGAACGAAACUCAAACACUCACAGGUGAAGGAUCUGGCGCAGAUGUUUUCAGACAUGGCACCACAGGACAAAGCAAUCUGACCAAAGAAGAUGACUAGUCUGCAUGAGAGAGAGUCUCGAAGACUCAUGCAUUCCUUCUAACCAGCUUAUUUUCAGCUCAACAGAAGACUGAAGAAUGAACUCUUUUCUUUUAAUUAAUCAAAGAACUCUAUUUUAAUAAAGCUAAUCCAUCAAAGUGUUAGUCAAUGAAUAA